AAGAAGACAGCAGCAAGGACAGAGGCAGAGGAGGCAGGGGGUACGCUCGACUGGAGCUGGUGGUCGUGGAGCAGGCCAGCAGAGCCAGCUGGGGCGUCCUUGCCGCACGAAAGGACAGAGAGAGGAGAGAAGAAAAGGAAGAGGGAGAAGGAGGGAGCUAGAGACCGGGGGGAAGCAUAGAGUGACAGAUCCGAGCGACUGAGAGAGAGAGAGAGAGAGAGAGAGAGCCUCGGCCAACGCCUCGGUCGCGCAAAGAUCCGUCCGACGACCUUCUUGGCGACGCCCGUUCGCUGAACAGGGCUUUGGUUUCUCUACGAGUGAACUUAUUCGUUUCAUCAGGAGAGGGGAUGGGCUUGGAGGGGAAGCUAGAGUUUGAAGUAGAGAUUCAGUCGUCGGCUGAUGAGUUCUACAACAUCUGGAGGAACCACAUGUACCACCUGCCAAAUGCGAGCUCCGAUGCGGUACAGAGCGUGCAGCUCCAUGAAGGCGAAUGGCACUCGGAGGAUGCUGUCAAGCUCUGGACUUAUACCGUAGAGGGGAAGACCUUGACAGUCAAGGAGAGGAUUGAGGUGGAUGAUGCGAACAAGGUACUCAUCUUCAACAUAAUAGGAGGGGAUCUCCUGGAAGAGUUCAAGACCUUCAAGGCAAUCGUCAAGAUGAUUGCGAAAAGCGACGGCCGUGGAAGUUUAGCGAAGUGGACUCUAGAGUACGAGAAGCUGCACGAAGGCGUCGCCGACCCUACUGCCUGCAAGGAUCUCGAAAUCAAGCUCACUAAGGACACGGAUGCUCAUAUCAUCAACAACGCGUGAGCGAUUCGCGGUGUUCUUAGGGCGAAAUGAUAUCUCUGUGUGUCUUGUGUGUUUGUGGAUUUAUAUAUGUGCUCACCUUGCAGAGCUAAAAUAAACUUCGUGGUGUGGUUCUUGGCGAAUACGUGUACGUCGAAAGGUACAAUGUUUGCGCCAUGUCUGUCUUCCUUGGUUUGAAUUCCAUAAAACUGUGUUCCAUGUGACUACUUUAAGACUCAUGAAAUGGCUUCGAAAGUGUUUGGUUCCUUCUUAUUUGAA